UUCCUCCCCUUCCCCUCCAGCCUUGUAUGGACUGUGUAGUUCUCCUUGCCUGCCGCCAUGGGGAAGAUGCUAUCCAAGAUCUUUGGUAACAAGGAGAUGCGGAUUUUGAUGCUGGGCCUGGAUGCCGCCGGCAAGACCACCAUCCUCUACAAGCUGAAGCUGGGCCAGCCCGUCACCACCAUCCCCACCGUGGGCUUCAACGUGGAGACGGUGACUUACAAGAACGUCAAGUUCAACGUUUGGGACGUGGGGGGUCAGGACAAGAUCCGUCCCCUCUGGAGACACUACUACACCGGUACUCAAGGGUUGAUCUUUGUGGUGGACUGCGCCGACCGGGAUCGGAUCGACGAAGGCCGGCAGGAGCUCCACCGCAUCAUCAACGACCGCGAGAUGCGGGACGCCAUCAUCCUGGUCUUCGCCAACAAGCAGGACCUCCCGGACGCCAUGAAACCUCACGAGAUCCAGGAGAAACUCGGGCUCACGCGCAUUAGGGACAGGAAUUGGUACGUCCAGCCGUCGUGCGCGACGUCGGGAGAAGGACUCUAUGAAGGCUUAAUGUGGCUGACGUCUAACUACAAGUCGUAAUUCUGGAGCCGGAGAGCUAAACUCGAGAACAGGCGCGCGCAAACCUCCUCCCUAACCGACGAGUUCUUCAAACCUUCCUUCUAUUCCUGCUGUUCCCCUCCAUCUCUUCAACUCUUCCCCCCCAACUCCUGGCAGAGGACCUCACCAUCCAAGGUGGAGGCCUUGGAAGAUUCGGUUGCUUCUCUCUCUCCCUCCCUCCCUCCUUCGAUUUCUGUGGAUGGAACAGUGGAGGGGAGGGGGGGGUCCUUUGGCCCCCACCCCAUUGAUCCAUCGCUACCUACCUGCACCCCUUUGGAACGUUCCUCCCCCCCCCCCAGCCCUCCGAACUCAGGUGUCUUCCGAAUGAGUCGAAUCCAAGCCAAAGGGAAGACCCUUCGUGAAGAGCGUUGGCUGAGACCGAUUUCCAGGAGCUCUUGUGUUCACUCGGGGGGUGGCCGUGUUCUCCCCCUCUCCCCGCCCACCUUUUAAAGGUGGGGAAGCUUGGCACUUCUCAGGAACUUGAGUUUGCUCCGCCGCGGCCUCUCGGAGGGCCGUCCUCCCGCUGGGGCGCACCAGGCUGGCAGAUUAGACCCGCCGAGAGCUUCAGGAGGUGCUGCGUUUGGCUUUUGGCGGGGAGGGGAAGCCUCGGUGAGACGGUUGGCUUCCUCCGGUUGCCUCUUCCAGUGGGAACGCCCUGCCCUCUUGCCUUGUCUCGCCUGGCCUCUUUCCUGACCUGUUCCACCUGCUUGGGGGAAGACAAGGCCAGGCAUGCCUAGCGCCCGACCGAACCCGUUUUGCCCGCUGCCGGGAGGAGGGAGUGGAGUGGAAGCCGCCAUGCUCUAUUGGCGACUGUCUCGUCCCCAGAUUCCUGCCUACGGAUUUUUUGGAGAUCUGUCCCUCCCCUCCCGUAAAGGUGGGGCGUUCGCAACUCCAGUGGGACCACAACGGAGGGGUGUCUGUUACAUUCCUUGAGCGGCUCUUUCGCGAAUGCAGACUCUGCUCCCAUAUCGGAGAGAACGCUUCUCCCAGUCCUCCUGCGAUGGCCGUCUUCGCUCCUUAGGAUGCCACCCUCUUUCCAGAGCUUGGCAGCAUGAUGGGGCUCAACCGGGUGAAUUGGAACAAGGGCCCAUCCUUGGGAAUAUACCUCUCUUUGCCCGCGGGGCAUGUUGGGGGCUGCGUCUUGUUCACGCACCCACACCCAGGUGCGUGCGGGACGUCAUUUCUUGAGAACAA